CAAAUUGAAGCCAAAGUCCGUGACCGACUGCAGACUAUGUUGCCUACGUACAUGGUUCCAAGCCGAAUCGUUGUGCUAGACCAGAUGCCAGUCAACUCUAACCGCAAGGUCGACAGGAAGGAGCUCGCCAAGCGUGCAAAGACAGCAACCAAGAGCAGACUCUCUAAAGACCGUGUCGCUCCACGCAAUGACAUCGAGGGUGCGCUUUGCGAAGAGUUCACUAAAGUGCUAGGCGUCGACGUCAGCGUGAUGGACGACUUCUUCGAACUUGGUGGACACUCUCUCAUGGCGACAAAGCUUGCGGCACGCCUUGGUCGGCGCCUUAACGCUAAGGUAUCAGUAAAAGACGUCUUUGACCACCCUGUUCUUGCGGACCUCGCUUCGACUAUUCAACAAGGCUCAGAAAUGCACGUUACCAUCUCUCGCAUGAGGCAUGAUGGUCUAGUAGAGCAAUCGUUCGCGCAGGGUCGUCUUUGGUUCCUUGACAAGCUUAACCUGGGCACCUCUUGGUACAUUAUUCCAUUGGUGACGCGUCUUCACGGAUCACUGGACGUUGUCGCGCUUACUGCGGCACUUCAGGCCCUCGAGAAGCGCCAUGAGAGCUUGAGGACUACGUUUGAGGAGCGCGACAAUGUUGGCGUACAAGUUGUACAGCCGUUCCGGUCCAUGAAGCUCCGCAUAACAGAUGUCUCCGACGCUGAAGUAAUUGAGGCAGUCAAGGUUGAGCAAACGAGAACGUUCGACCUCUCUGCAGAGCCUGGAUGGAGGGUCCGUCUAUUCAGGAUCAGUAAAGAAGACCACGUCCUGUCCGUCGUUAUGCACCACAUCGUCUCUGACGGCUGGUCGACUGACGUGCUUUGCCGUGAGCUGGACAUGUUCUACAGCGCCGCUCUCCGAGGUGACGAUCCGUUGUCACAUGUUAUGCCGCUCCCAAUACAGUACCGCGACUUUACAAUCUGGCAGAAACAGGCGAAACAGGUGGCCGAGCAGCAGAAGCAGCUUAACUAUUGGACAAAGCAGCUUGCCAACAGCGCGCCAGCAGAGCUUCUCUGUGACCGCCCGCGACCUAAAGUACUCUCAGGUGAAGCUAGCUACAUUCCUAUAACCAUCAACGGGUCGUUGUACCAGGAUCUUCAGGCCUAUUGUCGCUCUCAGCAAGUUACACCUUUUGUCGUCCUGCUUGCAGCCUUCCGCGCCACCCACUAUAGGCUGACAGGGGCCGAGGACGCGACCGUUGGUACACCUAUCGCUAACAGGAACCGGCCAGAGCUUGAAAACCUGAUUGGCUUCUUUGUUAAUACCCAGUGUAUGCGGAUCACUGUUAAUGACAUUGAUGAUACCUUUGAGAGCUUGGUGCAACAGGUACGCAGUACAGCGACAGCUGCCUUUGCUAAUCAAGACGUUCCUUUCGAGCAGCUGGUGUCUGCAUUGCUCCCUGGGUCACGAGAUACGUCGUGCAACCCACUUGUCCAGCUAAUGUUCGCCGUUCACUCACAGCGAGACCUGGGCAAGCUCCGUCUAGAAGGCUUGCAAGGAGAACUGGUACCGCUGACGCCGACAACCCGACUUGAUGUAGAGUUCCACCUCUUCCAGGAAGGAAGCUCCCUCAACGGCAGUGUUCUGUACGCAACUGAUCUCUUCGAGGCUGCGACAAUCAAUAGCAUGAUCGCUGUCUUCCUCAAUACUCUCCGUCGUGGCCUGGAGAAGCCGCAGACACCUGUCGCUACCCUUACGCUGCUUGCCGGCAAACUUCCGGAGCUUCGCAGCCAAGGCUUGCUUGACAUCAGGCGCGUAGAGUACCCGCGUGAGUCCAGCAUUGUCGAUAUAUUCCGUAACCAGGUAGCUGUCUGCCCUAAGGCCACGGCAGUCAAGGACUCUUCCACUGAGCUUACCUAUGAUAAGCUCGAUCAACAAUCAGAC